UUAGUGGGUUUGAAAGCAAGUCCCAUACACUGCCUCAUUUCCCGCUCUGGUGAAGGAGCAGGAGGAAGUGUGUUACUGGGAGAUGAUGACAGAGGUCAGCCUCUGCUAAUGGGCCAGUGAAGAAGAGUGGAGGCGAGGCACUGGGAGCAAGCCUACAUACAUGCAUACACUUGCAGCAUCAACCAUCAGCCUAGGUGUGCACUGUGGCUGUGUGCACUGCUCUCACCCUCUCCCUGCUGCACACACUGACAGCCCCUCUUAUUGUCAAUCUCUGUCUCCUCCUCAGGAAGCAACAACGAGGCUGGUCCCUGGGAGAGAGAGCUGCUCCAUUGCUGGGCUCUAGCAUACAACAACUGCUAGCUUUUCCCCUUUUUUUUCUGUUGUUGUUGUCAUUAAGCAAGCAGUGCUCACUCCAAUUAUCCAGCGGAGCCUGACAGCAUAGGAUGCCUCUUACAGAGGGAGAAUACUAGAUGCUGGACUGCGCACUUCUUUUGGGAGAGGAAUCGCCAAUUUCAGAAUUCCGUAGAGCAACCACGUGGGAAUUUAUUGCGAGCCAUCAACAUGCAGAACAGUCACAGCGGAGUUAAUCAACUUGGUGGCGUGUUUGUAAACGGUAGACCCUUACCAGAUUCUACAAGGCAGAAGAUAGUGGAGCUGGCUCACAGUGGAGCAAGACCCUGUGAUAUCUCAAGAAUCCUGCAGAGCCAUGCAGAUGCAAAAGUCCAAGUGCUGGAUAGUCAAAACGUGUCAAACGGCUGCGUGAGUAAGAUAUUAGGGAGGUAUUACGAGACGGGAUCCAUCAGACCCAGGGCAAUCGGGGGUAGCAAGCCGAGGGUGGCUACACCAGAGGUGGUUAGCAAAAUAGCCCAGUAUAAGCGAGAGUGUCCCUCCAUCUUCGCCUGGGAGAUAAGGGACAGGUUGCUGUCCGAAGGCGUCUGCACCAACGACAAUAUUCCCAGUGUAUCGUCGAUAAACAGAGUGCUGCGCAACCUGGCUAGCGAGAAGCAACAGAUGGGCGCAGACGGCAUGUAUGACAAGCUGAGGAUGCUGAACGGACAGACAGGGACUUGGGGGACCCGGCCCGGGUGGUACCCGGGUACAUCAGUACCAGGCCAGCCUGCACAGGAUGGAUGUGCGCCACAAGAAGGUGGUGGGGAAAACACAAACUCCAUAAGUUCUAAUGGAGAAGACUCUGAUGAGGCGCAAAUGAGGCUUCAGCUGAAAAGGAAACUGCAAAGAAACAGGACUUCAUUUACCCAGGAACAAAUAGAGGCUCUAGAAAAAGAAUUUGAACGAACCCAUUAUCCUGAUGUGUUUGCCAGAGAAAGAUUAGCUGCCAAAAUAGAUUUGCCAGAAGCUAGGAUACAGGUAUGGUUUUCCAAUCGACGGGCAAAAUGGAGAAGAGAAGAGAAACUGCGGAACCAGAGGAGACAAGCCAGUAACACGCCGAGUCACAUUCCGAUUAGCAGUAGUUUUAGCACUAGUGUCUACCAGCCCAUUCCUCAGCCCACUACACCAGUUUCAUCAUUCACAUCGGGAUCUAUGCUCGGAAGGACAGAUACAGCUCUUACAAACACAUACAGUGCACUGCCACCUAUGCCUAGCUUUACCAUGGCAAAUAACCUGCCUAUGCAAGUCUCAUUUCCCCUGGAGUGUCAGUCCCAGUACAAGUACCCGGCAGUGAAUCUGACAUGUCUCAGUACUGGCCAAGACUACAGUAAAAAUCGUGUUAAUUUAACCAAUGACUUUAUGGAGAACAGUUGGAUGUUCAGCAGUAUUUUAUAAAAAAACAAAAGAAAACAAAUUUGAGAACUGUCCUGGAAAAAAAAUUACAAUUUUAAAGACUUCAUUGCACAGCGACUGUGCACAGAUGACAUUGGAAAAGACAGCACAAAGGACAUUUGCACAUUGAAAGCAUUAUAUCAUUUGGAUCAAAUCUUCAUUUUGAUAUCCAAACUUUUAUCCAUUUGAUGUACUAUUUGUAAACUGACUUUGUUAUGUAAUGAUGAACAGAACAACACAGGCUGGGUGGACGGAUCUGCUCUCCGUUAGUCAUGAUUUUGUUUUUUUUGUUUUUGCUUUUUUUUUCAAUGGAAGCCAUGAUCAAGCCACGCAUUUAAAGUUUUAUCAAGUAUAUCGACCCUCGAUUUUGUCCAUGGACGUUCCUCAUUUUUAUCAACUUCCCUCGGGCUCGUUGUCGGAAUAUAAUAAAAACAAAAACUUAACCCAAACCCAGGUACUCCCCAUUGGUAACCCCUCAAAGGUUGACGUUUAUUUUCCAAAAACUAAAAAUUGAAAAAGAAAAACUGAAGAGAGACGUUUGGUAGAUGAAAGGUAGAUUAUGUCUUCGAUAUAAUCCAGUUUGUUUUAUGUCAAAAUGUACGUUUUUGUCUUCCCUAGAAAUCUCCCAGAACGAUUUCUAUAAUAAAGUUAAUUUCAUUUAUAUUUGACGAGGAAACUGUAUAGAUGUUUUAUACACAUUUUCAUGCAUCAUAGGUUUUUUUUUUCUUGGUCAGCAGGUCGUUUUUCUUGUUCCUAGAUAGAUUGUAUAAUAUGUUCACAGUCCAAUCAUUCUUGUGCAUAUAGAUCAUUCCUUAUACCGAUUAAAAGUGCUUGCAAGAGUUUUCAACUUAAGUGUUUUCAAGUUGUUCACAGCUACAUAUCGGAAUUAACCAUUGUUGAUUGUAAAAUCAUACCAAAGCCUUUGUAUUUCCUUUGUUAUAUUAUUUCAUUUAAACCUUUAGCGUGGUGUUGCAAUCUUUUGUUACCAGUCUUGGACGUUAAGUCCAUUUUUUUGUUUUAAUUGUAAUUUAUUUUUAAAUAAAUUAGGGCAACUGAAAGAUUGUGCCGUACAGGUGUCCAACUACCAGCUAUCAUAUUACUUUUCUGUUUCAAUAGAUACCAUUGAAUAGGCAAAACACACACUUUAUAAAACACAGUCUUAUUUUAUAACAUGGUGCAUUUGAUUUUAUCUUUCAUCAUUUAAUUGUAUACACACCUGCGACAACUUUGUUCGCUUUAAUCUAAAAUGACUUGUUUCGCCAAAGCAAAAUAUGAUGAUUUAGAAUAUAAAUAGUGGAGCAUUCACUUUACAACAUGCCACAAAAUUGCAUUAUAGAUGAUUAACAAUUAUUUUUUAAAUUGUUGCGGUUAUAGAAAAUGUAUUAUAUAAAAACCAUGUUAUUAAAUAAGCCAAACUGUGUUUAACCAGUCAGCCAUACUGUGAGAAUGCGAGUGACCGGUAGGCUGGCUGAAUGUAUCUGGUUCAGGGUGCGGGGGUAUUCUAUUAAUAGAAUAGACAUUUUUCAUUACAUUGUAUAUAGAAUAGUUGUUCUUUGCCCCAAAUAUUCUAUACCAUUAUAUUGCCACUGUUUCUGACACUUCCUCCUCCUCUUAUGUUGUGCAAUUAAAAGUGGAAGAGGAAUAGCCAACGUCAUAAUAAUUCAUCACUUUUACAUAAUGUACCCAUUUUUUUUUUUACACAACUGAAUCAACACAUCACACUAAUAAAAGUAAGGAACAGCUAAAAGUCUAUUUUCCUAAGACGGAACUUUUUUUUAGUGAAUACACAUACGGGAUACUUUUAACUGAAUUUAGUUUAAGAAUCUAAUUCCGUAAAAAAAAAAAAAAAAGGCAAUUAACACCAGUUCCAGAUUCAUCCACUUUUGUGCAAUAGCCCA